UUCUGAAAAUGAAACUAGGAAUGUCCCAAUUAUCCAAAAUUAGAAAUAUAAUUUAUGCAUAUCUUUAAUAUUGAAAAUGUAUUUAAGACCAUCGAAUAUACGUUAUUCGCAGGAUUCAAUAAAUAAUGUAUUUGACAAAAGGUGUAAUCAUAGUUACAAACCAAUUGGUGAAACUUUGGAUGCAAUAUGUGAGGGAAGAUGCUCUGUGAAUGAUAUUCCUACUAUUUCGGUGGUACUGUGUAAUGGAAACUGGGUUACUGCUGACAAUAGACGUCUUUGGGUCUUUAGACAACUGGAAAGACUGGGAAAAUGUGACAAGGUGCUCGUGCAAAAGGGAUAUUAUAUCCCUGAUUCGAAAAUGACUUCAGAAAAUGAUGGUUUAACAGUGUGCGUCCGAGGAUCUCCCGGGGGAUAUUGGCAUCAAAAGUCAAAUGCACCAAAGCGGCCAAUCAACUCGCCUAAAAAUUCAAAUAAUAGGGGCAUAUAUGACUUCAAUUCAUCAAGCGCAGGUACGCAAAACGUUAUUUCAAAAAUACCUUCAAACACCGGACACGGAAGUCAAAAUAGAUCAACUUCCAGUAUAAAGAAAGUUGUUUCUAACACAACAUUAACACCUGGACACGGAUAUCAGAUCAGACCAGCGUCUAUUUCACGCAACAGUGAAUACAGACAGCAUCAAGAAGGGUUUGGCAAUAUUGAGAGUAACAGUGGUAGACAGUACAACAGACAUAACGAGAGUCGUCAUGCGUUAUUAUCAGACGAGCUUGUAUAUCGUGACUCAUAUGAUAGUGAGAAACAAGAUGACUGCUGCUGUAUCAUAAUAUAACAUGAUGUAGGUCGACUAGUUUUGCCAUAAGUAUUUCAAAUAAAAAGUUAAUCAAUCAAACAAACAUAAACAAAAAAGUAACGUAAAUGUAUUCAGUGAGCUGCAAAGGGAGCGUAGAACAUUUAAAGAGUGAAAAAUGAUAUUGUCAUUGAUUGUGUUGUAGAAAUAUUUAUUCUCGAUAUAUAUAUAGACAUGUUAUAAUAAAGAGACAUGUAUCUCACACUUUAUAUA